UUGGAUUGCUUGAUAUUCCAUAUGAAUUUUAGUAUGGAUUUUUCUAUUUCUGAAAAAAAAGGAAGUCUUUGGGAUUUUGAGACUACAGUAGAACCUCUUACAGGAAACGUUAGCCAGGGAGGAGGGACAUUUAGGCAAAAGGAAGGGCACAACCAAAAGCAUGAAAAGAUAAAAGCGUUUAGUGUAUUUGGGGAACUGAAAGUAAUCUGGUAUUGUUGAAGCAUUAGGCAUACUUGUAUCUCUGUGUAUAUGUGUAAGAGUGUAGACUUGGGUAGGAGAUGAAUUAAGAGCCAAAAUAGAGGUCAGAUAUUGUGAAAGUGGAUGUGUUUUGUGUUAAGAAGUUUAAUGGGGAUUAAACUUCUUAACAUUAAUGAAGGGUUGGACUUAUGGAGUGAAGUGAUCAGAUUUGUACUUUAUAAAAGAUAACCCUGAUGGUAAAAGUGGGUGCUAGAUUGAAUAGGAAGAGGUAUUUGCAGAAGCAUCAGAUAGGAGACUGUUGGAAAACUCACAGAAAUAAAAUGAUGAGACUUGCACUAUAGUAGGAUUAGUGGGGAUAGAAAGGAGGGAAUGGACCUGAAACAGCUUUGCCCUACUAUAUACUCAGAAAUAUUCCAGUGGCUUCACUCUCUUCCUAGGUCCUGAAGUCCUCAGACCUGCAGAGCAGUUUCUGAACUCAGGGUGGUGGUUCCAAGUCUUCACCUGUAUCAUCAGUUGUCACCUUUUAGGAACUCAAAUGGCUGUUGAAGACUCAGAGAAGAGAAGAGAGGGAGGGUGGCCACCUUGAUCCAGCUGAAGCAUCUCCAGGAGGCCUUUUCUGGAUGUCACAUCGAGGCUGUCCUUCUACCACAACACGGAGCUGGUGAUCCCCGAGUUCGUGGACAUGGCUUUGCUCAGCAAUAUCCUAGAGGCCUAUUCCUUUGUCUCAGAAAAUCCUGAGCGAGCAGCCCUGUACUUUGUCUCUGGUGUGUGCAUCGGGCUGGUCCUCACCGUAGCUGCCCUGGUGAUGAGGAUCUCUUGCCACACAGACUGCCGGCAGCAUCCCCAGAAGAAGUUCCUGCAGGACCAAGAAAGCAGCAGCAACAGCAGCGACAGCGAGGAUGGCAGCUCCUACGCGGCAUCCGACAUCUCAGUCAGGAGACAUCGUCGCUUCGAGAGGACUUUGAACAAGAACGUCUUCACCUCAGCGGAGGAGCUGGAGCGUGCCCAGCGGCUAGAGGAGCGGGAACGCAUCAUCAGGGAGAUUUGGAUGAAUGGCCAGCCCGAGGUUCCUGGCACCAGGAGCCUGAACCGCUACUACUAGGGACAGGAGCAGGAAUCCACACCCCGCUGUCAGCCGCCUGGUAGAGAAAGGGUUCCACAAGGAGGGCAGGCACAAAGAGUUGAACGCAGCUCUGCUAAGGUUAUGGUGGCAGAAAUAAGCAGGACAUUCCCAUUUUCUAGCCAGGAGGACUGAUUUCUCCCUUUUUACUAAAUUUAUGGAGAAGUAGAAAAAACAAGUUGGUUCAUCAACUUUUCCAGGUCUUGGAAUGGUGCUGAAAACCCUUCUCCAGCAAUGUGGAUGGAGAUUAGAGAAAUGGAACUUGUGGUUUCUCUUGAUUUCUGAGGAUCUCAGAAGUUUCUGCAGACUUCAUUGCUAUGUGUUAUUUCUUUACAAAAGGAAAUAUUAUUACAGCAUGAGGGCUAGGAAGAGCAGGGUUAACUUAACCCAGUAAAUGCAACUUUCUAAAUGACUCCAUGCUAUGGAGGUGAUUUUGAUCCAGAUAGCAUGAUCAAUGCUUAUAUUGUUUAAGGUCUAUUCUUUCAAUCUUGUGUUGCAAUGGCAACCUCAGGGAUUAAAAUCCUAUUUUUUAUUAAAGUUCCCACUUCACUCAUGAAAAUGAAUAAUGUAUUAUAGGAGAUGUGUCAGUGAACUAGAAAAAUGUCAAUAACCUCAAAGGAUGAAGGUUUUAUUUUAAAUAGCUUAUAAAGAAUAUAUUAACAUGCAAUUAAUGCUACAUGCAUUUGAAAAUGCAGCACAAGAAUAAAAGCUGUGUUUUUCCCCCUUUUGGAGAGAAGAAAAUUUUAUUAUGACUCUAGGUAAUCAUGAUUUUAAACAAUUUGUUUUAAAAAAAAUCCUGUUUGGAUUUCUAAUAAAAGAAUGGGAAUGGGAGGUGAGGAAUAAAGCCAAAAUGAAGUUGGGAUAAAAAAUAAAUGUUACAUAAGAUCUU